UCUUCACUGUCCUUCCAUUACACAAGUGGAUUUGGAUAUAACUGUGGUUGUUAGUAUCGGAUAUACUUCAUGUAUGCAAAACAUGUAUUAAAGUAAAUUUAGUCGAAUCGCUCAAUGGAUUUCUAAGAAGGGUCAUGUUAAAUAAUCAUCUUAAGCAAAAUCAUUUCUUACAUAUUAUUCAUUCAAACCGAAGCAAAUUUUUCGUUUUCUUUUUACGAUUUCAGCAAUCAUAGUGCAUUCUUAUAAAAAAGGCAAUCAUAAGCCAGGUAUUACGAAAAUGGUGUUUUGUAAGUACAAAACACCCUCUGAUAAUUGUUUAAACAUGAACUAAGUUAGAUAAAAUCUAUGUUGUAUGCACUUUGAGCUGUUCUAAUCAGAAAAAUAUUCUUAAAACCAUGGUUUAUAACGAAAUGUAAAUUGUAUCGACCCAUUUACAGUCGGUCGUCAUAUGCGGCGAACUCAUAGUUGUUUAAUGUUAAAUUAAUGAGAAUGGCGUUUUUUUGUGAACAGUAAAUUUAGAUUAAACAUUUCUUAUAAAAAAAACACACUUAAUAAAAACAUUCAUAACGAAACGAGUAUGGAACAAGACUGUGCAUUCCAUGAAACACAUUUCAAUGAAAGGAGAUUUAUUCAGACAAACGGAUGAGUGCUACACCCUGAGCCAAAAUUACGAGACAACCAAACAGUGUUGCCUGUGGUGUUAGGCCUCGUGCGGAUGCAGUAUUACCGGGAAACGUCUGGGAUUCCUAGUGGCGACCCCGUGCUUGUUCUUCAAACUGACAACACACUGCAUUGUGCUCUAAAAUGUAACAGCUUAGCAGUUUGCCAAGCGUUUAGGUUCGCUAACAGAACGUGUGAGCUGUUUAAUGCUUCUUUCGUCCCCUGUCAUGGAAGUGGGUGUUUCGCAGUUUUCACAGCGGACGGCUGGCCUAGUUGUCCGGAUGGGUGGCUGGUAUUUGAAGGCUCCUGUUUCAUGUUUGGUAACUCGUCCGCAAACUUCACAGCAGCUCAGAAUUUCUGUAAGUCACAUGGAGGGAACCUGAUACACGUUAAUUCGGCGCCAGAGAACGAUUUCGUACGGAGUCAUGCUCGCACCCUUCAAGGGCGCUUUUGGUUGGCACUUAACCAGCCUGAAGAGGGACACUGGAUAUGGGUGGACACAAACACAACUGAUACGUUUCUGGGAUGGGCCCCAAAUGAGCCGGAUUGGUCGGCAGGAGAGUGUGCUGUUUUUGAAGGCCAGAAGGACUAUCAAUGGGCAGACUACCCAUGUGUCUAUAAUGACGUCAUUCCGCUAUGUGAAAUAAGUGGCGAAUAAUCUUUUGGUGUUGUUGGUUAAAAUAUACCAACAGAAGCAUGGUACACUGCGUGAUGGAAGAAAACGUUUGUGAAUCAUUGGAAAAAUAAUCCGUUCCAGCAUUGAAAUUUGUUUUGAAAAUAAUAUGUUUUUAU